UUCACCUCCUUUUUUAUUGCGUAACGAUUACAUUCUCCAUGUUCGGUAUAGCAUCAAAUGAUUUUAUCGUUCAUUAGUGCACUGCAAGAUAUAUACAUCGGAAGAAAGAUAAGUCACAAAGCGUAUGUGCUAAUACCCCGAUGCCAGCCCCGUGUGUUACAUAGAAAUAAUAUAUUUAAUCGAACGGAACUUCAGACAAAAUAUUGUAAGAAGACAGGAACAACAGUAAGGAAUAUGAGCCUUCCAGAUUCAUCUACAGUUACUUGCAAUCUUUUUAAAGGCAAGAAGGAUCGGUUUGGUGGCAUAAUUGUUGAUUCAGAAGUGGAGAGUUCUGAUGAUAACUUCAGCACCAAACUCUUAAAGUCCAUUGAACACUGGUCAGAACAGAAUGUUCGAGCAGUCUGGUUCAGAGUAGCCUUACAUCAUGCAGAGUGGAUUCCAGUGUUAGCAAAGAAUGGUUUCGUGUUUCACCAUGCAGAACCAAUGAGUGUUUCCAUGGUCAAGUGGCUGCCAAUCACAGAAAUAUGCAAUAUUCCUCAAUAUGCACAUACAAUGAUAGGAGUAGGUGCUGUUGUUGUAAACAAGGACCAAGAACUAUUGGUUGUUCGGGAACGCUUUCAUACAGUACCUCACUGGAAACUGCCCGGUGGAUAUUUAGAACCAGGUGAAGAUAUUCCAGAUGCUGCAAUAAGAGAAGUCCUGGAAGAAACUAAUGUCCAAACAGAAUUCAGAUAUCUUAUUUGUUUCCGACAUACUCAUGGUGCUAAUUUUGCCUGCUCAGAUAUUUAUUUUAUUGUCUGCCUGACUCCUACUUCUGAAUCAAUAACAAAAUGUGACCGUGAGAUUGCAGAUUGUCGGUGGAUGAAGAUUUCAGAUUAUUUGACUGAUUCUGGAGUCAUUGAAACCAACCGAUUUUUCCUGAGAAAAUAUCUUGAAUAUGAGAAGUCGGGAAGCAUUGUGGGAUGUGUAAAAAAUAUUCAUCCACUUCUUAAAAAACCUCAAUGUUUGUAUAGUAUAGAUAAUAUGAAGGAUGCAUCCAAAAUAUAGGAAACAAAUCACUAAAUGUAUGUAGCAAAAGUAACAGUAUGGUGGUCAUUCCUUCUCAGUUGACAAAAAUGGUUAAUGAAAUAUAUCCAAACAUAUAAUCAUUACUAUGUUGCAUUUGUAUUACACACUGAUGUCAUAUUAACCAAUUAUGAUGAAAUGGCUGGAACUGUUGCAGUGUAAUACAUAUUAUUAUUUAAUUCAAGAUAUAACUAUUACUUCAUUAUUUGAAUGACUGUGAUGUUAGUUUUAUUUUACCAUAAUUUAUUCUAUAAUUAAUUGUGAUACAGUU